CUAGUCUUCUUAACUUAAUGAACCCAAAAAAAAAGGGCCAAACCCAAAAACAUGCAAGUGGAGAAGAGAGCAUAAGGGGUCAGAAAUCGUCCACAUAGAAAAGCCAAUCUUCUUCUUUUCUUCUUCUUCUCUUAUCUUCCUCCAAACAUAAUCUGAUUAAAAUCACCAACUACAAACAAACAACAAUAUCUUCAAAUCAUAACAAUUUAGAUAAAUUUCUUCUCUUUUCUCUCCUUCUCACAUACAUUCUCUAAUGGCUUCACUUUCUCUCCCUAAGCACUCACUCCCACCUGUGCUCCCUCCCCAAACUCGUAAAGACUUAUUUUCCCAAAACCUCAAAAUCUUCUCCAAAUCAUCUCACUCUCAGUUUUAUGGCACCAAGCUCUCCUAUUCUACAUCUACUACACUCCCACUUUCCUCUUCCACCAAGAAUGUCGUUUUCGCCAAGGUGAAAAAGGGUUCGACACCACCACCCUUUACCUUGAAAGAUCAGGAUGGAAAGAAUGUGAGCCUUUCCAAAUUCAAAGGGAAACCUGUGAUUGUCUAUUUUUACCCUGCUGAUGAGACUCCCGGCUGUACUAAACAGGCUUGUGCUUUCAGGGAUUCUUAUGAGAAGUUUAAGAAAGCUGGAGCAGCGGUAGUCGGUAUUAGUGGUGAUGAUGUAAACUCACACAAGGCGUUCGCAAAGAAAUAUAAACUUCCUUACACAUUACUAGCCGAUGAAGGUAACAAAGUGAGGAAAGAAUGGGGUGUGCCGGGGGAUCUGUUUGGAACAUUGCCUGGGAGAGAGACAUAUGUUCUUGACAAGAAUGGAGUUGUCCAACUCGUCUACAACAACCAGUUCCAACCUGAAAAGCAUAUCGAUGAGACUCUCAAAAUACUAAAAAGCAUUUGAAUGUAUCCUCUUGUUUAAUUUUGUAUCAUCUUUUCAGCUGUAAAUCGUUUUGCCAUUGAUGUAGACAAGUAUAUCAGUAUGUAUGAUUUAAACUUAUCGCAUCUAAAACUAGAGCUAUCAAUGUUUGAACCUUCUUUCAUAUGUGAAUAAAGGCAAUCAUUUUCUGUUCAA